CGAGCCCCCAGGGCCGGGGCCGGCCGUCGCGGGGACCCCGCGCCUGGGCCGGGCUGGAUCGCCCCGGUGGCCUCCGUGGGACCCGGCGGCUCCUCCGAGGCUGGGGUAGCUGCAGGAACGGCCCCGGGUACCAGCCUUGGGGUAGGGCCCCGGUGACCUUGACCUGCUCCGGGAUUAUUUUAAAUUCUUCUUGGUGACGGUUAGAGGAAAUUACAAAACCUCCCUCGGUUUCGUGUGGUCUUUUGCUGCGUUUGUAGCAUGGGCCUACCUGAGCGCCCGUUUCUUACCUCCAGCUGCGACACACAGUUGCUGUGUCUUAUGUACUCGUUCUUUGCAUCGCGGAGGCUCCCAAGCUUUCUCUGAGGUUUCUGGAGAGAUUUUCGAAGGUCCACCAGUCUUUAGUGUUGUGUGCACAUUCCCAGAGCUGGGGCAUCCUCAGUUUGGUCACAGUAACCCUGAAACCAGACAGGCCAGGUGUCAGCAGGUGUGUAGCUGCUCUGGCUAAAGCUUGGGUUUGUCCAUUUUGUCUUUUAUUUUAACUGAGUGAGAACGUGCUCAUCUAUUACUUAGGGAGCCUGUGUGUUGUGCCGCAGGUUGGCAGCAUUGUUCCUAUAAUUUUUAGCUGAGAUGGCCUUCCCUUCUAGAUGAAGGCAUAACUUGAGCUUCUGGAGGUGUUAGAUGAAACAGAAAACAUCUCUCUCUGGUACCAUGUGUAUCUCUGACAAAGCAAAUCCCAGGCUUAAGGGUACCGGUAGCCCCCAGGGACCUGUUCUUACCUCUGCCAAGAUAGAAAUAACUGAACUGAAUGCCAUUUCAGUGUUGCUGCCCUGGUGCAAGGUCAGCUGUGUAUGAAAACCUAUUUUAGUUUGAAACAGGACACUCUUCUGAAAUGUGUGUCCACGGUUAGGAGUGCUGUGAAACAAUACAAGGUCUCGAUUUUGCUCAUUCUGUUACUUAAGUUCCUGUUUCCACCCCAUUCAGUCACAAAGUGUAGAUUUUGCAGCUGGUGCAGGGCAACUGUCUCUUAGGGAGACCGUGUGCAGUGGUGAUUCCAGGCAUGCCUUCAAUGGUGGUGAAAGGUGACACUGAAAUUCUUCCUGCUAGUGAUGGUGGCCUCCAGGGCCCUGGUGCUGAUUGCCACUGCAGGCUUCUGUUUUUGUGAUUGAAGCUAUGUCCUGUUCCAUGAGCAGGAAUGGAAAGUUGGCUGGGGCUGUGUCCGGGUCCUGGGCGUGCUGGGAAGCGUGCGGGGGAGCUGUGGCAGUGUGGUUGUGCCUUCCUGCAGGGAUGGACGGGGCUUUGAGCUGUGUGUCUGCCUUGGUUUGUGGGACCAUUGCCCACAGACUGCAGGGACACAGUGAGGUAGUUGGGUUUUUUUUCCAGUUUUGCCUUAGCUCAUACUUUCCUGCCUGUGGGAAGAGCAAGGCAGUGUCAAAGUGCAGGGCGUGUAGUUGGAGGAAGAAACAAUAACACCAUUCUCCCUCUAAGUCCCUGGCUAUUUAACUUCAGAGCUUGACCUGCUUUGCUGGCAGCAUGAUGUUUCUGUAGCAAAUGCAUUGAAAGGCCUGAUCUGGUCAUGUACCCACCAGCUCUUGAACUUGCUGAUCUUGUUGAAAAGGAACACUGAGAGCAGAAAAUGGUCUAGAAACUCACAAUAAUGCAUUCAUUUCUGAAAGCGAGUUCUUCUGCUGUACGUGUGUCCCAGCCAGAGCCGAGCAGUGUGUGUGGUCAGUCACGUCAGUGCAGCCAGCAGAAAAGUAUGCUUAGGAUAAACUAAUAAAGGCAGAUGAGCUAACAAGGAAAUAGGAGUGAACAAGCAAUAAGGCUAUAAACAGACAAACUUGGGAGUGCUGGCAGAAGGGAAGGUGUGUGUGACUAUGGGCAUGGGUUGUGGGGAAGAAGGCUGUGCCAGAAACCAGGGGAGUCCCAGAAGGCCUCUGCUACAGCUGGGCAUCAAGAUCGCUGGGACACUACUCCUGCCUUGAGGCACAUCUGGUCUGAGGGUUGGGUAGAGCCAGCAGCAUGGUGGCUGCUUGUCCAAGGGUGCCUCCUGUCCAUCUUGUCCUGCAGCCUUCCCACCCUGCUCUGCUGCGUGCUGCUAGGGGCUGGUGCUGGCAGGAUGCACAGGGACUUUUUCUGUUAGAGACACAUUCUUUCCCCACUGACUUUGUCUAGGUGGCCCCAUGGUGUUCUGAAGCUUCUUCCUUCCCCAGAGCUCACGUCCGGCUUCCUUUGGUUGCUGGGGUGUGCUCGGGACUGGAUGUGGCCCCACAACUGAGAACAACUUCCAGGGAGCAUGCUCCCCUCUAAUGGGAAAAAUGUUCUUAUUGUUUUGGCCUGUUCCCAGAACAGCCCUGCAGUGAGUGGUUCAGCACAGGCAUCUCCCUGCAGGAUGUAGGGCCAUAUCCAGGGUUGAGUGCUCAGCCACUGUGAUGGCAGGUGGGAGUGCAGGUCAAACUCACGUUGCUAAAGAGAAUUAAAAUAACAAGCUGCCUAAUGGAGGUAUUUAUAGAAUCCCGUUCCUCAAUUUAAUCUCCUCUUUCAUUGUUUGUUUUUUCAUUUCUAAGUUAAAAGGUGCAGUGGAAAAGAAACCAAAGUUUGUUGACACUCUUGUGAAGAAGUGCACUCCCCUCUGACCUGUUCAGAGUUCAUAUAAACAUUUAUCCUGUGUGCAACUGACUUCUGCUGCUCAUUAUCUGUUCCAGGUGAAUCCUCAGUACCACCUGCACAGCGGGCAGCUGCCCAGAGUGGCUGGCCUGGUGUGGCAGAGCGUGGCCGUGCUGCAGUGGCUGCAGCAGGUUUGCUUGCUGGGCCGGUGCUGUGCCCACCAUCCCUGCGGGCACGGGGCAGAGGGAGAUGCUGGGCUCGCUGGGCAGGGGAGCUCAGUGGCCCUUGCUGCAGCAGGUGCUGCUCAGAGCUCUAGGCUGGUGCUGCACCCUGUUACCCUGUGACAUCCACCAUGGGCAGGCAGGAGCCCCACGGCCAGCGCUGCUGCCAUAGAGGGGCUUUGUGUGAUCAGGCACAGAGUGACUGAUCAGGCACAGACUGAGGGCUGAUGCUGUUUCCCCUCCCCCUGCCCUGCAGAGCAGGGCUGCAAAUGGCUCCCACAAAGGUGCCCUUCUUCCUUUGCUGAGGACAGCGUGCCAGCGGGCUGAGGGGGAGGCAGCAGCCACCCCUCCUUCUGUGCUGGUGCUGAGGACCCCAUCGUGCUCAGCCUUGCCCAGGCUGACCUGGCAGCUGCUCGGGUUCCUCCCUGCAGCAGCCCAGCAUGGUGAGACAGGGCCUGGCGGCACUCAGCAGCAGGCACUUCAUCAGGGCACGUUUGGUGGAGGCACCAUGUGAGCGGAUCUGCUUCCCUGCAGUGCAGCUGCAGCUAUGUGGGAAUCUGUGUGGUGUCCUUAACAGGCUGGGGAAUAUCAUCACUUACCUGGAUUUCAGUUCAAAAUGGCCUAAGAGAAGCUUAUGUCAGCAUUCAUUACUUCCUGGCUCCUCCCAAAAUGUAGUAACAAGUCACCACACUAUUGAGUGACUUGAAGCUUCAAGUUUCAGAAAAUGUUCAUGAAGAACAGAUUGUACGAUCUUUGUAAAAUUCACAUUAUGUUUGUUCCAUGCUGUAUGUUUGAGGCUCUGCAUUAUUUGCGAGGCCUCUGGAUGAGCUGUGGGGUGGCACAGGUGGUGGUACAGGGUCUGUCAUGGCUGUGCCAGUGCCUCCAGCAUUCCUGCAGCAUUCCUGUGCUCCUCCUGGGUCCUCCCUGAGGACAGGGAGCCUACUGGGAGAGGAAGGUGAGCCCCUGCAGCUGAGGCUGUCCUUGCCAUCCUGUGCGAAGGUUUGAGCGGCUUUGGGAGUGAAGAGGGCUGGCUUUGCUCUGUGUGCUGGAUGUGUGUCCUGGUGCUAAAGCAGAGCUCUCUCCUCUGUUUGGUUCAUCAGCAAUAGUAUUUGCACCAGCAGGUCACUAGCACGUGUUAUUUUGGACUCCUCAAGUAGUCUGGCUGUUCAUUUGACAUUAUUAUUAUUUACAUAGGGCCCAGAUUUGCUCUCUUUUAUUGCCUGCAGCACGAUGUUUGUUCAGACUGGGCAUUGUGAAGUGUAAACCCAGGUCCCACUGGCACCAGUACUCACCUCUGCCUUUUCUAGAAGCAAUGGAGACCAGCCCACGGAAGCAACAAAAUGAGUCUCAGAGGCUGCCAGCCCAAAUUUCAACCCUAUUUGGCAUUGUACAAGUGUACCCUCUUAUCAAAAGCAAAUGAAAGUGCAGAAGGAUCAGUGCAUCAUGCCCGAGGUGCGAGACCUCAGCGAUGCCCUGCCCGAGCUGCCCAUGGAUCCCAUCACAGGCGUCGGCGUGGUCGCGUCCCGCAGCCGAGCUCCCACUGGAUAUGAUGUUGUUGCACAAACAGCAGAUGGCUUGGAUGCUGACCUGUGGAAAGAUGGCUUAUUUAAAUCCAAGGUCACACGGUACCUGUGCUUCACCAGAUCAUUUUCAAAAGAAAAUAGUCAUUUAGGGAAUGUCUUGGUUGAUAUGAAGCUCAUUGAUAUCAAGGACACUUUACCUGUAGGCUUCAUGCCCAUCCAGGAGACCAUUGAUACACAAGAAGUAGCUUUCAGGAAGAAGAGGCUGUGCAUUAAAUUCAUUCCACGAGAUUCUACAGAGGCAGCGAUCUGCGAUAUCCGAAUCCUAGGGAGGUCUAAGCAAGCCCCUCCUCAGUACACGUUCAUAGGGGAGCUGAACAGCAUGGGCAUCUGGUACCGGAUGGGCAGAGUGCCGCGCAAUCACGACUCGGCGCAGCCUGCGGCUCCUCCCGCCCCAGCACCGGCUUCAACCCCCGCUCCCAGCCUGCCAAGGCACAUCUCUCUGACACUGCCAGCCAGCUUUCGGGGCAAGAGCCACAGCACCCGCCUGGACUUGGAGCACCAGCACUCCAACCUGUAUGCCAUCUCAGCAAUGGAUGGAGUGCCUUUUAUGAUUUCGGAGAAGUUUACCUGCGCUCCUGAAGGGAUGCAGCCAGUUGAUCUCUUGGGUAUCACAAUCAAAACCCUUGCAGAAAUUGAAAAGGAGUACGACUACAGCUUCCGGACGGAGCAGAGCGCGGCCGCCCGCCUCCCGCCCAGCCCCACCCGCUGCCCACCCGUGCCAGUGCCACCGUCCUGAGGGGCCACGGCCGGAGCGUGUGUGUGUGUGUGUGUGCGCGCACUACUGAGCAGGACCGGGACACGGCCACGGAACCACCCACCACGGAGCCACCCACCACGGAACCACCCACCACAGAACCAUCCACGGGCCGGCUGUGUCCACCACCGCCCUGCACUGCACCACCCCUGCACACACCCCUGCGACCCUUGGGCAGCUGCCCCCACCCCACCCCUGCACACCCCCUCUCCACGUGAGUACAGCACUGGGAGCCUGACCAGCCGCUCGCUCAUCCCCACUGGGUAACCCUGCUGCGGGACAGUCGCAGCAUCCAGAGCUGCAGCAAACCUCUGCGGCCACAGCCGAGAGCUUGCAGAGACAUCUGAGCCCUAAAAGGAGCAGUACAAGGCACGGCUGGGCACUGCCUCACCAGCUGCCCUGGAGCUGCUUGGCUCUCGACACCUUGCAGCAGGAGGCUCCUGUGGCACUCGGUGCAGUGCAGAACUCAGCUGCAGUGAAUGCUGGUCCCUCUGCCACGUUCUGGGCGCAGAAGUUCCGCUGUGGCUGGCAUCAGUCUCAGAUCCACUGUGGUCACUGCGUUUGCUGUGGGCCGGGGCAGCCGGGACCCCUGGCUCUCCCUGGGCACAGCAGGGCAGGGUGCCCAAGGUGCACUGCAGGCUGUGAGAUGAAGCCCUUCACUUUGCACAGGGUGUCCAUCUGUCUAUAUGGAUCUAGGGCAACAAGUGUCCCGUGUUUCUGGAUGGAUGCUGGCAGUGACACCCUGGCAGACACUGGCAGUGCCCCGCUGACCUGACCAAGCUUCCUGUGGACCUGCUGACAACUGGCAUGCCAUCACCUACCUGUCACUGAGACACUUCUCUAACGUGUUCCCUGCUAGCUGCUAAAACAAGAGAGAUGUGCCUGUUUCCUGGGCAUUCAGGAAAGCACUGAACUUGUCAUGGCACAGGAUGAGCCUGGGAUUCAUGAAACCCUGACCUCUGCCUCCCUGUGAUUCCUGACUGGGCUUGCUCCCUAGCCCAACGCAUGUCUUGGAGAAGUCCAUUGCUGUAAUAAGUUAUUUACAAGUGCCCAUCUGACUCUGCUACUCUUUCAAGUCUCUGCUGUAGAGCAAAGAUACAUCAUGGCAGCAAAAUGGCAAUUUUGGAGUGACAGUUAAAUCGUACAGUUUUUUAUAUUGUUAAAUACUGAUUCCCUGACCCCAUUGAAAUGCAUUGCUAUGGUAACAGUAACAGUGUUGUUGCUUGCAGCCUGGGUUGUACAUAUGCCCUGACCCACUUUGCACUCCCUUGGAUUGAUCUGUCAUUUUCUAGUUGCACAGAGUGGUAACUAACAGCAGCUUUUGUACUGUCAGCUAAUAUUUUUUAUUUAUACAUAAGUAAAAAUAAUUCUUGUCCAAAGAUUCAUUUCUGGUUUUAAGGCACCACAGUGUACUGCUGGGAUAAAGAACACAAAAUACCGUGACAUUUGGGACAAACUGAGUCCAGAUCUUUGCUUCAGCUUCUUCCAAUCAGGUAAAUAAUUUUCUGGAGUUGCCUCUGUAGAAUAGCCAUGUGGUUGGAGAGCAGAGGCCAAUUUGGUUGCUUGUAUGUUGUUUUUGGACAAAAGAGUUAAAGCUGUGCACCAGCUCUGGAGCCCUUGGGUGACCCCCUGGAACUGCUCAUUUACUUGGAGCUUGCACCACCAUUUUUAGUUGUUAUUUAUCCUGCAGUAAAGAAAAGCCAGACCUCACUGCCAGGCUUCACAAAGGGCAGAUUGAUGAUGCUGACAUCGACAAAUGAACAUACCAUGGCAGCUUGGUCAUUCGGCUCAGGUUCACUUCAAGUUCAAAUCCACUCUAUGCCGUAGUGCUGUGCCCAUGUCAUCCAUCUUUUGUCUUUCUAUUUUUCUGCUUGUAAUUUGUUCUGUAGUUUUGUGUGACAUCCAUUUAUAGCUUCUCCUGUGGCUCAGUGGUCACGGCAGGUAGGCAGGAGCCAUCUGCAGCAGUGCGUUCCUCAUAGCUUUGGGAUGAGAGCUGACCUUCCCUGCUCGUGGUGGAGCAACGAGGGCUGCAGACUAGCACAGGGCACAGCACAGUCUGCAGAGCUCCAGGGGCAGUGCCUGCCACUGGGACAUGGACAGACAGACAGCUGCCAGGAGCCCCUGCUUGAGCCAGCAAGCCCCACGCUCAGGGCCACACUCCCUGGGUAUGUCUGGGGAAAUGGGUGCAGAGCUUUGAGUCCCUUAUGUAAGAGAAAAUCAGUGCUUUAAUAUUUAUACCCACUGCUAGGUUUGCUCAGCCUUCAUGAAGAUAAGGAGCUCAGCUUGCUCUGCUGUGACCUACAGGAAACACUGGAUACUUGAAACACUGGCAGAAUACACGGCUGGGAGAGGCAUCUACAUCUUCAGGAUAUAUUUGUAUACUUACUUCUCCCUCUCUAACACUGCGCCAGCAGAGCUGCUUCAGGACUCACCUGCAAACCUUGAGAUGAGUUUGCUCUACAUGCUGUGGUCCUGCACCAUGCAGGGACAGCCUGCUCCAAAUGCACAGACAGAUGCAGUUCCUGUGGGGCAAACACAAUGAAGGUGUUCUGAACAGAAAGUUGUACCUGCUGAGAGCCAGCUGAGCUCUCAUCCCUGCUAACCACAGGCUGGAAAACUAGGUGAUUCCAAAAGGGAGAGGGCUCAGAGUCAGUGCUUGAAAGAACAGCGAGAUAGUGCAGGGUGGUUGACUGUGUCAACUUCUCAGUCCACUGAUCAGAGGAAGCUUUUUUUAUUGCACUGCUGAAUUCCUGAGACCACGGGUGUCAGGUCAGCAUUUCCACAGGAAGGUUUUAUUGGCUGUUCCAUAACUAUUGUACUCACGGCACCUCAUUGCAAGGCUGGUCCUUGCAUCCUUACAGUGAGUCCUUCGUGCUGGCAAGUGCCAUGGCUAGUACCAGCAUCUCUGCAUCUUCCUCCCUGUCCAAGGUGUGACAAGACAUGAUGAGACGUGGAAGAAUUGGCCCAGGCAAUAAAUGUUCAGGGAGUCUGAUGGGGCUGUUGUCUGGCUGUGGAGAAGACUUUUGGAGCAUAAGGGGAGGGGAGGAGUCAGUGGAAAGCAACAGAAGUGAAUUUGCAGAGCUUUACCAGAUGUUCUUGGCUACCUUGCCUGGAUUUGUAGAACAAAACUGGUCUCUAGGUAGUUUAAUCUUGUGGCUGAUGGAGAAUUUAGUUUGCCAAAUUGUUAUACGUCUGCAACAGAGACAGAAAAUCAGCAGUGAGGAGUUUGUUUACUGUAGCAUACACCUUCUGAUGUGAGUUCAUAGUGACACGCUGCCUCCUGGAUUCCUCACGGCAAGAAGCUGGUCGUGUGCCGAGGUGACUCGUGGCCACCCAGGCCAGGCUGUGCUGUCUGCUGUGUUGAUCACGGAGAGGCAAGAAGUUAGUCCAGAAAGUGAUGUAGAGUGUGAGCUUCAUGAUAAAAUUCAAGUGUGAAUAGUUGUAGCAGGUGUCUUUCCUUAUGGGAGCACCUCGAAUCUGUAGUUCCAUAGGAGUAAACUGUGUCAGACUGUUCCUGUGACUGUCCCUGCGUGUGCCCAUGGUGUUUGUUGGAGGUUUCCUGGGAGCCUCCUGUGCACUGGGAGAUUGUUGGUAGUCUGUAGCAUUGGGCUUGUUUGGUUUCACACCCACCUCUGCCCCCUCAGUGUCCUGAGCUCUCCAGACUGAACCCACAUGCUGCCCAGCCUGGAGAAUUUCUCUCAUGGGCACUGCAUGUGCCAGGUAAGGUGCUAGUGGCAAGGGCAUGCCUCCACGGGCCUUGGCACGUCCUCUUCUGUGGGGCCCUGACAUCUCCUGGAAGGAGGCGAAAUGGGAGAGAGCUGCCUGGUCCCACCUUGGCCUUCAGCUCCCCCUGCUCCCCCGGUGACACUGGCUCUGUGCCCCAGGUGUGCCCGCAGCCGCUCUCCCGUGGCAGCCCCAGGAGCCCGGAGAGCUGUUCCUGCUCCCCCCAAAGGGCAGGCACACCUCACUGCAUCCAAACAAUUACCUCAGCCUUGGAGCCCUGCCCAGCAGCCGGGGAUCCCCUGGCAGCAGGACAGCCCCGUGUGCUGGUGUCGGUCCCCCCAGCCUUAUCAGCCAGGCUGUGGCACAGGAAUGGGACAGGCUGCUCCUCUGUCACCAGCCAGCUCGCUGGGGUGCUGCCCGGCUCAUCCCCCACAGGGAAACCAAACACUUGGGAUAUUCUGGUUAUUUGUUGUGAAAUUGUUUCCUAACAGCAACAGAUUUAAAUGUCAUCAUACGAAUGGCAGAGAGAAACCUUUUAUGCAGUUGCAAAGUGGUUUUCUAAGAUGGUUGGGUUACUGAAAGUGAUUUUACUGUGCAUUAAUCUUAUGAAUGUUACUAUGUUUUAUAUUUAUUUUAGAUGACCCUCCUGUAUUUUACAAAGGGAAGUUUCAUUGUGUGAUAACUCAAGUCUGUAUUCUUAAUAUAAUUUGUUAAAUGAAACUUGUUUUAAUCAGAUAAUUCCGUGUGCUUUGUGUU